CAACGUCCACGAAAACGAGGACCACCCUUUAUGUGCGUCCUGCCACUUCAGUCGAUGCCUUCCCCUGAGGAGAAAAGAGGCGUUUUAGGUAGGAGUUCAUUGUUGCCGGAUUCCCUCUUGCUACCAACCGAUCGUAGUAUUCUCCUUUUAAAUUGGCCCCGUUCCUUCCAUUCUCUCUCGUUGCCACCGUGAACUUGAGCGACCUCCUAAGCUAGCAUGUAUUCCACGCACAGGCUCACUCGAGCACACGCGCACCAACGCAUCAUACAUCGCUACAUCCCAGCGAGAUAGCUAGGGAGAAAGAUAAGAGGAAAACUAAGGCCGAGCCAGGCAUGGGUUGCUAUCAUCUGGGCAAGUUCGUGUCGAAAGCUCUCGGAAAAUGCAACGGGCGCGAGAGGGGGUGGCGGGAGGAGAGGCUGGACUACGCCAUGGCCUACCCGCCCGGCCCACCCACGGAGACGUACUACAUGCGGCCGGUGGCGCGCACGGUCACCUUCAGCGCCGCCAACUCCGUCUACGUGAUCCCGCCUGCAGAGCCGCCGCACCAGCAAUCCCCCGAGCCCCAGCCACAGACGCCGCCGCCGCCGGCACAGCAGCAGCAACACGGGCCCGAGCACGAGCACCACCAGGCGCAGCCCCAACCCCAGCAAGAGCCGCCUCCGCCGGCGCAGGACGCGCCACCGGCCGAGCCGAAGCCGCCGAAGCGUGGCAAGAACAAGAAGUCUGGCCGCGUCCGGUUCGGCCCCGAGCCGCCGCCACCGGAGCAGCAGCAGCAGCAGCAGCAACAGCAGCAGCCACCGCAGCAGCAAGAACAGACGACGCAGCAGGCCCCGAACGCCGGCGCCGAGCACGCGCCGGCACGCCACGCCACGUCGGCGCCGCCGGGGUACUUCCGGUACACGCCGUCGCCGCUGCCGAGGUGGGAGGCGGCGACGCCGAGGCGGCACGAGUACUUCUCCGGCGAGUACCGCUACAGCUACCCGACGCCGGUGCGCGAGGGGAUCUACCGCAUGGCCACCGACGCCAACAGGCUCACCACCAUCUUCAGCGAGGAGAACCCCAACGCCUGCGCGAUCAUGUGAGCCAUCCGCCAUCGAUGAUCGGUGGAGCCUCGCCGCCGCCGCCGCCGCCGCCGGCGCCGGCGCGAGGAAUAAUCAAAAUCCGUACGAACACGUACGCACGCGCGCGCCCAUUUCGUUGCAUUGCAUCGGGACCGUUCAUUGGUCGGUUUGUUGGCUCUAAUUCGUGCAGGAAUCCGGUUCUGCUUGACCUGUAGGUGUUUGUAGAUAAGGACUGGGAAUUAGUUCUGUUCCAUCGCCUGAUAUGCUGAGAUGAACAUUUCUCUUGCUUUUCGGGCCUUUCGGCUCUUAUUGCCCUUCCACUUUUCAGUUUUUAAUUCACAAAGUUGCUAGGAUAUUAGUCAAAAAUCGUUGGCUACAUGACACGGAUGAAGAGUUAAUGACAUUAACAUGCAUGUUAGCUAGGUUUUUUUUGUGUGUGUGUGUACGUGGGAACGCAUUGACAAAGUAUUACUAACAUGCAUACUAAUUAAAUCUCCUCUUUUAAAUUA